ACAGUUAAUCGACUGCAGCUCCAUAUUGGAACACGACAUAACACUUGAAAGCUUCAAAAAGCCGUUUUUUUCAACGGCUCUGCUGCAAAGUAGCUAAUAUUUGUAAUGAACUAGCGCUGAUAAAAAAAAACAUUCCCUCAUAUGGACAGCAGAGAGACCGAAACCAUGUGCAAAUUAUGACUUUAAUUUGGGUCGACGUUUUAUAUGUCUGUCAGUAAUUCUCAGUUGAGGCUGAUCGAGGUCCGUCUCGCGCAACCGUACAGGCAUAAUAGCGGAGUUAUGUUAUGAAAAAAGGAAUAACUUAUGAUGUGUAAAUUCACAAUUUAUUAAGUCAUUUUAGAUGUGCCGUCCAAUACAGACAGCGAACAAACGAACUGUUGUGAGCGAAACGUUCUCUGACUAAUUUGUAAACUUUUGUGGAUAGUGAAACGUUUAAUAAGUGUGUAUCCUAUAGAUAGAUUUUUUUCUUCUUUUUUAAAACCUCUUUUGAGGGCGUUCGAGCCUUAAUUAGACCCCUCUCAUUAGAACUGUCUUCUUCACUGACUCAUGGUGACAGGAGUUUCAUGAGUGACUGUUGUGAAACACUUGUAGCACGUUCAGUCUCUCGCUGUUUUUUGUGGUGUGCUUGUUGAAGCAGGAGAGCUGCGUUUCAGACGCGUGGAGACACUCGGCGCACCGCACCGGAGAAAAGAUGCAUUAACACACCACUCAGAAGAAGGAGUAUCUCUUUAUCUUAGCAGGGGGAGACAGGAGCACUGUGCGCAAAGGAUGGAGGGCUCUGGCUGGCAAGGUGGUGCAGAGCCUCCUGGAAGCCAAGUGUACGAGGUGACGGUGGUCCAAAACGCCACAGCCCCUCACAACUAUCCCUUUGCAGACGUUGCCCUGCUCCAGACCUUCAAGCCGCUUAUCAUCCCCUGUUACGUUCUUGUGGUGCUGGUGGGCGUCUUUGGCAACUACCUUCUGAUCUACGUCAUCUGCCGCUCGAGGAAGAUGCACAACGUCACCAACUUCUUCAUAGGCAACCUGGCCUUCUCAGACAUGCUGAUGUGUGUGACCUGCGUCCCCUUCACGCUGGCCUACGCCUUCAGCCCUCAUGGGUGGACGUUCGGCCGCUUCAUGUGCUACCUGGUGUUCCUGAUCCAGCCCGUCACUGUAUACGUGUCCGUUUUCACUCUCACGGCUAUUGCGGUUGACAGGUACUACGCUACAGUGCACCCUUUAAAGAAGCGAAUCUCAAUGGCGGCCUGCGCUUAUGUGCUGUCUGGUAUCUGGCUGCUGUCGUGUGUGCUGGUUGCCCCCGCUGUCGCCCACACGUAUCAUGUGGAGUUCAGAGACGAGGGUCUGACCAUCUGCGAGGAGUUCUGGUUGGGCCAGGAGAACCAGCGACUGGUGUACGCCUACAGCACGCUGCUACUGACCUACAUCCUGCCUUUAUCCGCAGUCUGCGUCUCUUACCUCUGCAUCUCCGUCAAACUCCGCAACUGCGUGGCCCCCGGACACCGAACGCGUGACCAGGCUGAAGCCCAGAGAAUGCGCAAGCGGAAAAUCUUCCGGCUGGUGUCUCUGGUGGUGGCAGCGUUCGGAGUCUGCUGGCUGCCCAUCCACGUGUUCAACGUCCUGCGCGACAUCGACAUCCGCCUCAUCAACAAGCGCCAUUUCCUGCUGAUCCAGCUGUUGUGUCAUCUGUGCGCUAUGAGCUCGUCCUGCUGCAACCCGUUCCUGUACGCCUGGCUCCACGACCGUUUCCGUGCAGAGCUGCGCAAGAUGUUCACCUGCCACCGUCGCAUCGGCAUACCGGCCAACCACUGCGCCACUGCGAGCGUCGUGCUGUGAUGCCACUCGUGGCUUCAGAAAGGCUGAAAACACAUAAAGCUCUAUUUAAGAUCUAAAAAUGGCCCACGAAAUGUAAAUACAAUAAAUGUCUGGGUCCAAACAGACAUGAUGGAUGGAAACCCUUGCGUAAUUGAGGGACUGCAAAUGCUAACUUGAAUGAUUCAUUAUGUGUCAUUUAUUGAGAUGAUUCAUCGCUAUUUAUUGAAAUAAAACGGAUGAUUGUAACCUUAAUGUUGGGCUUUUCUCAGAGUGCUCCAAGAAUCCCACAAGGUUACAUGAAGUGGCAUUCGCAACCCAUUUUGCUCUUGCAAUGUGAUGUUUUGUGAGUAAAACGGGAUAUUUGAGUUAAUUCUAUCCAUCAGGAACUGAAUACAUGGUGAAAAGUAUCUCUAUAUGAAAGGUGGAGAUGUUGGAGACCUUAAUUUAAAAAAAUUUAAAAAUUUAAGGGUCUGACCAAGACCAUCUGUUUUGCUGAAAGUUUACAAAGAAAUUACAAAAGAAAUGUUUUCUUUGGAAUCAUGCUGAAUAAAUCCAGAAACUUGUAGUAAAGAAGUAAACGGGGUCAGUUUUGAGCCUCGUUUUUGCCAUUUAUUUUCCAUUAGCAAUUUCCUGCUUAUGAAUCAAGAUGAUUUUGUGAUCACGGAGUACACUGUAGCUCUAUGAAUGUGCAGUGCAAUAUGUGAACACUCACACGAUAAUCAAAAAAAAAAGGUCUGAUUUAUAAUGAAUGGAAGAGCCAAACACGCACACAAACAACAGAGAACAAAGUCAACUUAUUUAUCUGUGCUUUGAGAAAGCUUCUGCAAGUUGUUUAAAUUAUU